UCACAAAUAAUAAGUUGUCAUCUCCCUAAUCUCAUUUCCAUAAACGAUUUAAAUUUCCCAUUUUUUCCCGCAGAACUGUCUCGGUUUAUAUCCCAGGUUCGAGGAAAAUGUUAAUAACAAUCGUGGUGUUUAUCAUCCCUCUACACCGGCAAUUACACCGAUAACGUGCAAGCUCCGAGCAGCACAAUAAUCUCCUGAUAAAUGUGCACUUUUCCACGUGCACUUGCACGCCAUCGAUACAUACAUUUUUAACAAAAAAUCAUUUACAGACAUCAACGUCACAAAGGGACAAUAAUUAGGUAUUAUUAAUAAGUAUACUUUUCCUUCGCAAUUGGUACAGUGAAAUCUUAACGAGUCGGCACAUCGUGUCCUUCCUAUUUCCAGAUUUUUCUAUAUUUUCAUUUUAUUCGCAGGUGCAUCGGGUCGCAAACUGCAUCGAAUUUAUGAAGCGCAGUCAAGUGGUGUUCUAAAGGAUAGCCAUCUAUGAAUGGUGCGAUCGUCAACAAGAAUUAUCAUUCGCCCAUCUGACACGUACGAAUGUAUUAAGCAUUCGCGGUAAAUAAAAGUCGAUGCAUCGGCUUGCAUAGUUUUCACAGGGAAGCUCGACCCUCUCGUGAAAAGCACGCCUAGAAAUCCCCCAGCAGGUAAACCCGACUAAUUAUGCCGAAUUCACGACUAUUUCAAGUUAACGCGACGAGGAGUUCAAUGACAAUAUGCUGAGCAAAGUGGAUAACAAUGGCCGGGUAUUUCCAAAACCGCAAGUCAAAUGGGCCGACUUGAUGACCACCGGGAAAACACAACCUCCACUGCGGCUCAACGAACAUGGCACCGACGUCGCCGAGACGAAGACUAUGCAACCUGCUGUAAAGUCGGAUCUUUAUUACGCUCUUUUUCCUAUUUAUCACCUGAGCAAGAUAUGGGGAUUGCUGCCUGUGAGAUUCGUCAAGCAAAGAGGUGGUCGUUGCUUGGGACAGAAGCACCUGAUCGACAUUCUUUACGGCUGCCUGUUGCUGCUGUUUUUGAUUGUCGCCGAGGUAUGGGGCUUAUGGAGGGACCUAAGAGACGGAUGGGAAAACAGUACGAGGUUGAAAUCGGAGACUGCUGUUACCGUAACUUGUGGGGAUGUCCUGGCAGUGAUGAUCAUGGCUGCAGUUUCGGUUUUGGGAUCGCCAUUUAGGUGGGACCACCUGCAAAAUGUGAUGAACAUGUUGGUAGAGGUGGACGAGAAGCUUGGCAUGGUAUCGCCGAAGAAAACUUGCAGAUUCGCCAUUAUCAUCAUAGUCUGCACCCUCACAUACUUGAUAACAAUAUCUAUAGUGGACAUCUACACGUGGGACUUCCAGGCGAAGAAGAAUAAAAAAAUGCACGACAAAGGAGCGAUUAAUUACGCCCCGAUCUACUUCAUGUACACCAUAGUAAUCAUCAUGGAGUUGCAGUACACCCUGGCUACGUACAACAUCGGCAUACGGUUCGCCAGAUUGAACAAAAAUUUGGAGAACUUGCUGAAGAGUGGUCAAAUCAGCGACUACCUCAGGAAAGACAUUGGCCUAGGAGGGAUCGGCAAAGUGGACGUGCCCGGUCGAAUGGUCCGAAAAACGAAGAUCUCUGAUUGGCUGGUAGUCGGAAGUGAUAGUCGAGGAGCCGCUGACACAAUUUCCCAACUGGUGACGGUACACUCCUCCCUCUGCGACAGUGUUCUCCUCUUGAACAGUGCUUUCGGCUUGCCCAUCUUAGCGGUUACCUUGACCUGCAUUCUGCACCUGAUUAUCACCCCAUACUUCCUGAUAAUAGAGGCCAACAGUGAUCGACAUUGGCUCUUCGUGGCUAACCAGUGUUUUUGGUGCAUCCUCCACAUAGGCAGGAUGCUCAUCGUCGUGCAGCCUUGUUACGUCGCCUGUACCGAGUCGAAGGCCACGGCGGUGUUGGUGAGCCAACUAUUGUCUACAAAUUGGGACCCGGAAUCACGAAAGCAGCUGGAAGUAUUCUCUCUUCAGUUGUUGCACAGACCAUUAGACUUUUCGGCUUGUGGACUUUUUUCCGUGGACCGGGCUCUCGUUACCUCGAUAGCAGGCGCAGUUACGACCUAUCUCGUGAUUCUGAUACAGUUCCAAAAAGCCGACGACACGAAGGACGCGACAGACGUGUUGAAGAACGUGUCGCAGUUCAUAAAAAACGGCUCCGUGCUCCAAAACGCAACGACGUUGCAAAAGCUCAUCUAAAGAGCCUCCACCAUAACGAGAAUGCAUUGAAACGGCGCAAGAUUUCGAUCAAUGAGCAACAAGCACUGACAAUGAGUCAAUCUCGACCCGCCCUCGACAAAGGCCCAUAAUUCAAGAUACCGAUUAACUUAUCACACGACUACGAGUCGUUAUGGGACCGCCGGCUCGGAAAAUAACGUAAACAGCAUAAAAGUUUGAGCGCAUCUUCUAGAGCCCCGCGAGCAAUGGAACAAGAUGAAUUACCACGAUGACAUUUAAUACUCCAAUUCUCGUACACGGCGACAAAUAAUAUAUAAAUACAGGAUCGUCGUUAACGUUCGUUAUCAGCGCGCUGAAAGCCUUCACGAAUGCCUCGCAAUAGUGGCCGUAAACUUGGCAGAAGAGCUAUCCAGAUUGUAGGAAGAGGACGCCAUUUUGAAUUUUUCGCAACUUCGUCGUUAAGCUCUUCCCAGCACGUUUACGGUCGCUACACCGAGUGAGAAAUAUAAUUUCUAGGCACGAUUAAUUACUUCCUACAACCUAAAUACUUCUCGUUAAAGAUUUUCGUUGCAAACCAUUUUCUGAGAGGCAUAAUUAUCGCAACCGAAGUGACGACAAAGUUAACAUCAAGUGGGACCGAUUUUGCGAAAUGAAUUUCACGUAGAAAAUUCAUAUAAUUCAAAAUACUAAGUUAUAUCACUUUCGAUGUAAAAAAGAAGAAAAAAAAGAGGAAAUAUCAGUAACAAGGAAUAAGUAUCGUUUGAAGUUGCCGCAAGAAUGAGUUCACCGGAACACUUUUCGUACUUGAAGCUGAUCUUAAGAGAACCGAGUAAUUUCACAGUUUUAUUCGAUCGCCCCUCAACUUAUGUAGGUAGUGAUCUCUUCGAUCCGAAAGUCUUGUUUAAAAAAAUUCGUUUCUUUUUCUCUAGAAAAUGAUUCUUUCGCUCAGGUCAAGGAUUCAGUGAAGGCCUUAACCGGCCGAUCGCAAAAUACCGAUUCCUCUCGAAACUAAGUGUCUAAAACUCGUAAGACGUCUGUCACAGCCAGUCGAAAACGUGCCCCUUUCCGCAGACAUUCCGCAAAGAUUUCCGCGCAUAGAAUCUUCCCCUCUCGAGAACAGCGUCCCGAGUUAUGUACAGGCGAGCCCGGCGAUCGAUUCGCGUUUUUUCUCCGCCUCCGGUUCCCUUCCUCUCCUCUCUAUACAUCGUACAAAUAAUUAUCCUAGUAAUAAAUAUACGUUAAAUCGCUUGGGGCCCGACUUCAGCGACGAGGCGGAAUUUAUUUUGCCCGGCAAAAGAGACUGCUGGCAAGGUCGACGAGAUUUAACGGGAUAGCUGCAACAGAUUCUCCACACCCUUUAUCAAAAACCGGCGGACUUUAAUAAAACGUAACCUCCUCUUUUGCAAUUUUCCCAUUUAUCUUAACGCCUCUGAUAACUCGCAGCCUAAAGUCGCCUUUUCGUAAUGACGCUCCACGCUCGAUUUUCACAUCAAAUCUGGUCACGCAAUUAAACCAUAAAAAAAGGGAAAUAGAAUAAAAUACGCCAUCUUUAAGGCGACACGAAAGUGACAUUAGAAAAACCUCUUUUAUACCAUUUCUCUCCAAAACGAAUGAACCGUUUCGUUUUAAACUUUACCCCGUGAAUCUGGAGGCCCUAGGAAAGGUCCUGACAACCAUGAAAUUUCAAUUCUUUAAAAAAUCUCUUUAUAAGCUCCACCAUUUUUGUAAAAAAAAAUUACUUUCAUGGGUGUCGGGACCUAACUUAAGGGCAAAAAAUAUUCAAAAUUAAAGGAACC